AUAAAACAGUCAUGAUUAUACUGGUGAGGAUCAAAAGGUUAGUUACAGUUAAAAAUUAAGAUUUAAAACUUAACCUACGUUGUUUUAUUAAGCUUGACAUUUCCACUUUCCUGAACAGCUGCGUGCCACGUAACUUAGCCCUUUGACCCUUACAGAGUCAAUGCCAAAUACACAACAUGCAAAAGCUUGCCAAGGCCCUUCCCACAUGCAGGAUGGCGGCUAUUUUCAAUUAUUCAUGUUCAGCUUGUGCCACACGCUGCCAAGUACAUUGAGCUAUAAUUCUUUCCGCAAGUAGCUUAGUUACAUCAGUGCCAUCUACAAAUACUAAAUAUAUAUGUUAUAAUCCAAACGCAUCCUCAGUCAUGAAUUUAUUAAUCUGAUCUCAACAUCGGCCUCAAACACACGGUUAUCCAGGACCGCUCGAGCGAGCAUUCACAAACGAACAGGAAAUGUCGCUUUAUAAUCGUUGCGUCGGCGGUCCAGGUGCGCGCGCCAGCCCUCACUCGCGUCCAGCUGUUCGCUCGCGCUGGAAUGCUGUUGCGUCCGAGGGAGGGGGGACGAACGCACACACGUAUACACACACACACGAGCGUAGAUCAAGGAGUAAUCCCCAAUGGUUUAUGUGGUCUAAUGCGGUUUCAUUAUCUGUUGUUCCUUGACGUGGAAGAGAGUAAGAUGAAAGAAAGAGAGAAAAAAAUUGGUUUUGAGAGAAAAGACCGAGGAGAAUUAUCCAUGACGUUGAAUUUAUCAAUACAGUGGUGCAAUACUGUAGUGAACUGAGCUGUGGUUGUUUUAAUAAGUUGAUUAGUCAAGGUUUGCUAUUUUGUAAAUGUACACAUCGCACAUGUGCUUGAAUACCAGGGAAACGAAAUCGCAGACAACCUUGAAUAGAGAAUUUAAGAGGAUUUGUGGAAUUACAGAAAACCGAGAGAUUGUGCAGCUCGUGUUAAAUAAACAGAGCAAAAGCCCGCUAAGAGGACGAAUGUUUCCCCAAAUAACUUGUACGUAAUGCCACAUAUAUAUACACUCCUUUUUCCUUUUCCGGUUUAGUACUCCAGUUAUUUUAUAUUGUAUAUUCACUGUCAUCUUAUUUGUCUCUUUAUCCUUUACGCAAAGUCUUCGCACAUGCCUGUUAUAGUUAUCCUUUGGUCAUUUUUCCUUGAACCUUUCCCUUCCUCAUAUAAUUAUCACUUCCCGUGUCUCCUCUCACCCUAUUGCUCUCACGGUGCCGUUAGAGGAAAUGCCUGCAUGCCAUCCCGACUCAGAGAAGUGCUUUGCAACAUCACCACGUCAUCACCACCACAGCGAAAGCAAUUUGCUAAGAUGUGAACGCGCAGAAGAAAGAGAUGGUGACCAAUAGCAAAAGUGCCUCAGAAGGUGGUGCCACACACAGCACAAGUGCCUCAGAAAGUGGUGACACAGAUCGAAGUGCCACACCACAGUGCCAGCUCAGAUGAUGAAGACGUCAGCGGCAACUGUUUUCUUAAAUUUGGUUUGCCUCACGUUCGCCUCAGGUGCUCCUCUGUUCGGAUGCCAGCACCACGCCGACUGCUUCCCCGAGGAGUUCUGCGAGUCGGAGGGCACGUGCCGCUGUCGGGGAGGAUACACGCGAACUCUUGACGGUCGGUGCGUGGCGAGUCGGGUCGGGGAAGUCGGAUGUAAACACGACUUCGAUUGCGCUCGUCCGGAUUUCGUUUGCCGGAACGGAAGUUGCCAUUCUCCCGACGAGGAGAAGCCGGAGAGCGGACAAAGAAACGACACUCUUGUUCAGCCAUCACCCACCACGCACGACGAAGAGGAAGUCUCCGAUGAGGAAGAGAAAUGGUAUAGGAACAAGCAGAGUGUGGGGGGAAUCACGUUCAUCAUCGUCAUCUUUCUUCUCAAGGCAGUGACAUGUCGCAGAAUCGAAGCGGCGCUCAGAAAAUUUCGGUCUCUGCUGGCCAGGUGUCGGGGCGAGAGAGAAUGCGCGAAUCCUCCUGCUGAUGCUGACGAGUCGUCCGAGUCCGUCGUCGCUCCGGUCGCCUCCCAGGAGGAUUCCGACACUGUGUCCUUUUCGUCCGACGUCAGCCGCAGCACUGUUGAGCGCCCUGUCCCUUCCGCUCCGGGACUCGAAGACCACGACCAUUCCUCGGCCCUGGACAACCGUUCCGAGUCGCUGCCUUGGAUUGAUCUCUCUGGCUCCGACGUCCUCCCUUCGGAGAGCAACAGUACCGUUUACGGGAGGGACAAUCCGCCUCCCUACUGCAGCCUCCAGCCUCUGUCAUGCACGCUCCUUGACCCUCCUCCGUACGAAGCCCUCCGCUCGCCCCUGUACUCCGUCCUGCAACCGCCCUCCUACGAAGAGGCCACCGUGGACGCAGACGGGGCAUCCCCAAUCUCGACGUCGACGCCACGGAGCCACGCGUACAGGAUAGGCGAUCCCGCCAUCAAUACUCCUGGCAUGGGCAGUGACACUGACAUGGCAUCCGACCCAUGGAGGUAUUAGAUAUUCCUGAUCCUCGAGGAAGGAGAGAAAGAAGGAACUCCUAAGGCUCUGAAGACGCACCCGUGUCCGCGAAACCGAAGGAAUUGCCGCCUUAUUUUAGUGGUCGUGUUCCUGCAGAGAUCACACCUUGGAUCAAAAGGAACAGAUGUGAUAGACUCGUCCAAACAAUGAGUGCCUUAAGACUGUGGAUAUAAGUCGAGAUAACAAUGUACCUGAACUAAUACUUAAUAAUCACCACAAAACGAACUCUGUGAUAUUUAUAGUAUUAAAUGAUUACAGUGAAUGGAAACGCAUGAGAUCAAGAUAAAUCAUUAUGCAGGCAUGUGGCAAUCUAAUGUGUUUCUGAGUGGAAUUCUAGUCACUGUUAAUGCUAUGCCUCUUAUCGUUAUUUAAGCUUAAAUGUUUGGCACUGGUUUUAAUGCUCUGGCACUUCCAGGGUGCUGCACACAUCAUGAACAUAUAUGCACAUAAGAUAAUUCAAUUAAUUAA